AAUAGAGAAAGAACUGACAGGUGGGGUCAAAGGCAAAAUGGUUCAAGAGUGGCAAAUAGUCAAAGCCCUGUAGUGAAAGUAGCAUUUUUUUUUUUUUGACAAUGUUGAAAGAAGCAUUUUAGAGUGUUGCAUGGUGAGAGUAUAAUUUUGGCCAAGGCCACCUUUGAGGGUGGCAAACAAUCAAUUUCCUCCCUCAGCGACCCAGAGAAAAAGUGGUUCCACACAUCGCCGUCGCAUAUCUGGCCCCACUCCCUCUUCUCCGGCUCCGACCAAUCUAGCGAGACCGCGUAUAUAACAAGCCAAGGUUAUUGGGCAGCCCCCAAACCAAGAAACGCGUGGGGGCUUUGGCUCUUGAUCGAAGGGUGGUGAACAAGGGAGGAGGAGAAGCCGAGGCAGUGGGUGAGGUCGAUUCGAGGCUGGGAGCACCCAGCCGCGUCACCGUGUAGAAGCUUGCUAUAGCUAUACGGCCAGCCAUGGAGGCGAAGGCCAGGUUCUUGCUCGCCGUCGCGACGUGGGUGUGCUUUUCAGCCGUGGCCGCCUCCGCCUUCGACGUGCCGAGCGUCGCCUUCGACGAACGGUUCUCGCCGCUGUUCGGCAACGGCAACCUCGUCCGCUCCUCGGAUGACAGGAGCGUCCGCCUCUUGCUCGACCGCCGCUCCGGUAUGUUACGCAGUGCAUCUUCUCGCAAAGGUUCUGGGUUCAUUUCCUCGGACUACUACCUCCACGGCUUCUUCAGCACGUCCGUCAAGCUACCCAAGGAUUACACGGCCGGCGUCGUCGUCGCCUUCUACCUGUCGAAUGGGGACGUGUACGAGAGGACGCACGACGAGCUGGACUUCGAGUUCCUCGGCAGCCGGUGGGGCGGGCAGUGGCGGGUGCAGACCAACGUCUACGGCAACGGCAGCACCGCCCGCGGCCGCGAGGAGCGCUACCUCCUCCCCUUCGACCCCACCCUCGAGGCCCACCGCUACGCCGUUCUCUGGGCUCCCACACACAUCAUCUUCUAUAUCGACGACACGCCAAUCCGGGAGGUGAUCCGGCACCCGGACAUGGGCGGGGACUUCCCGGCGAAGCCGAUGGCGGUGUACGCCACCGUCUGGGACGGCUCCGCGUGGGCCACGGACGGGGGCAAGUACAAGGUCAACUACAAGUACGCGCCCUUCGCGUCCGAGUUCUCCGACCUGACGAUCCUCGGCUGCCGCGCCGACCCGGUCCUCCGCGUCGGCGCCAGCGCCGCAGGCGAGUGCUCCGGGACGGAGCUCCUCGGGCUCAUGACGGCCGGCUACGCCGUCAUGACGCCGCAGAAGCGCGCCGCGAUGCGCGCGUUCAGGGUGCGGCAGAUGACGUACACGGUGUGCUAUGACGCGGUGCGGUACGCGUCGGGACCGUUCCCCGAAUGUGACAACUCGGACGACGAGAGGGAGACCUUCUCGGCCUGGGGCGAGUCCAAGACCGUCGUCAUGAGGACGCGCAGUCGCGGGCGCCGACGGGGACGUCCCGCCGGCGCCGUCGCCCGAGCCAGGGGGCGCUCUGACGUGGCAAGCAGCUGAGAUCCAGGGGAUAUUAAGAUCGGUUGCAAAAGCUAUUGGCACAUCCUUUCAAGGAAAAAAAAAGCUAUUGGCACAAUGGUUACAGAUGAUUCAUCCGGCAUCGCAACUUUAUUUCCCCCCAUGCGUAUUGGCACAUACAGGUUGUAAAGCUAGGUGUAGGGACUAGGGAUUAAUGCGUUUGUGAUUCUUUGAUUCCUUGGGUGGCAGCUAAUAAUUAUAAUAUGAUCGAGUUAUUAACAUUAUGAACUAGAAUUUUGUCCUGCAAGAUUUUGAGCAGUAUGCAUGAUUAAUCACGGGAUUUGGUAUUAUUGC